CUUUAAUUCUCCAGAAUGAUUAUGGAUACAGCUGGAAAUGAUCCAUAUUGUUUUGCAGAGUUUUAUGAGCGUCGUCAUGCAGCUGUAGCACUAGCUGCUAUGAAUGGGUGGAAGAUAAUGGGUAAGGAAGUCAAAGUGAAGUGGGCAACAACCCACAGCAGUCAAAAGGAGGAUACAAGCAGUAGUACCGUUGUUAGCACACAGCGUUCACAAGGUCAUUUCCAUGUCUUUGUUGGUGAUCUCAGUCCAGAAAUUACAACUGAAGAUACAAAAGCUGCUUUUGCACCAUUUGGAAGAAUAUCAGAUGCCCAAGUGGUAAAAGACAUGGCAACAGGGAAGUCUAAGGAAUAUGGCUUUGUCUCCUUUUUCAACAGAUGGGAUGCUGAAAACUCCAUUCAACAGAUGGGUGGCCAGUGGCUUGGUGGAAGACAAAUCAGAACUAACUGGGCAACCCGAAAGCCUCCAGUUCCAAAGAGUACAUAUGAGUCAAACACCAAACAGCUAUCAUAUGAUGAGGUCGUAAAUCAGUCUAGUCCAAGCAACUGUACUGUAUAUGAUGGAGAUGUCACUUCUGGGCUAACAGAACAACUAAUGCGUCAGACUUUUUCGCCAUUUGGACAAAUAAUGGAACUUCGAGUCUUUCCAUAUAAAGGAUAUUCUUUUGUUCGGUUCAAUUCCCAUGAAAGUGCAGCACAUGCAGUUGUUUCUGUUAAUGGAACUACCAUUGAAGGCCAUGUUGUGAAAUGCUACUGGGGCAAAGAAACUCUUGAUAUGAUAAAUCCCAUGCAACAGCAGAAUCAAAUUGGAUAUCCACAAGCUUAUGGCCACUGGGGCCAGUGGUAUGGGAACACACAACAAAUUGGCCAGUAUAUGCCUAAUGGUUGGCAAGUACCUGCAUAUGGAAUUUAUGGCCAGCUAUGGAACCAACAGGGAUUUAAACAGUCUUCUGCACCAUGGAUGGGACCAAAUUAUGGAGUGCAGCCGCCUCCAGGACAGAAUGGCAGCAUGAUGCCUAAUCAGUGCAGAGUCGCAGUGUAUGAAACCCAGUGAAAAAGGACUCCAGAACCUAAAGCCAGUGGCUUAAGGCUACAGGGAGUGUAGUAAAGCCCUUGUUUACUUAAAGAUUUAUCAAAUCAGUCAGUGCAAAUGUCAGAUACAAUGUAUUUAUUUAAAAGAUUCAUUUUUUAAUCAUGAAAUUACCAUCCACAUUGUUUUAAAAAGAAACAAUAUGCUGGAUGUCUGCCAAUUUUUGCCUUCAUUACCUUUUUUGAUAAAGUUUCUCAAAUCCUUGUUUCAUAUACAAAUGCAGGGAUUGCUGCCACUUUUUAAAAAUAGAGGCAGAAAACUGCACAAUGUUGAACUUUUUCCACUGAAGUAGUGGGCAGUUCUAGUUUGCAUUCCCGAUAUGAUUUAAAACCUGUAAUAUAAAGACUAAAAAAAAAAAAAGAAAAAAGGAAAA